AUGGCAGCGGUGGUGGAUUUUGGCUAUGUGGCCGGCCACUUAGGGCUGUCCGAGUCGACGGUCUCGACGGCCACAACCGAUCCGACCCCCGAGCUCGUCGCGAGCCUUCUCGAAGCCGUCAUUGCGAAAGCGCGCGAGCAUGAUGAGUUAUAUGCCCAGAAGCUUCAGGUCGACAUCGAGCUCGAAAGCGCCCACCACAGCGCCGAAUCAAGAUGCCAGACUUUCAAGGCGACAGCCGACAAAGCACUGAAGGAUGUCGAGGAGAUUCGCCAAAAGCUCAAGGAGGAAGGUUCGUUCAUCCACGGAACUGCCAGAUGUGGGGUUAUAAAGAUUUGA